UAAUGAUGCAAUGAGUGGGUUAUGGGCCGGAUUCGGGUGGGCUCGGCGAUUCCACAAAAGAAAGAAACGCCUCGGACUGGAACUCACCUCUCUCUCUCUCUCUCUCUCUCUCUCGGUCGUCCCGUUCGUUCAUAGAGAGCAGCAUAAAACCUACAUUAUAGUGGGUUCGCUUGAUCCACCGAUUUUGAGAUGGCUGGUGGUGAGCAAGAGGAGAAGCGAGUCAAAUACAAGAGCUCUAUCAAAGAUCCAGGAACUCCUGGAUUUCUCAGAAUUAACGACGUGAUGUUGCUCUUCGUCCCUAACGAUCCCAAAUCAGAUUCAAAGCUCAAAUUGCAGACUAAAAACAUCAAAAUUCAUAAAAAUACCAAAGAAUCAUCUAAUAAACCUCCUUGGCUCUAUCUCACUACCUACCAGGGACGGAAUCAUAUCUUUGAGUUUGAAAAUUAUCCCCACAUGCAUACUUGCCGUGAUUUCGUCGGUAAGCUCCCAUCUACCCUUUUUUUUGCUUUUAUAUUGGUUGGGAGAACUAUUUAUUUCUCUUGUUGUUUAAUCUUCAAAUAA